AUGGAGGAGUUGGACGCUGGGACGUCCGGGUGGGCGUUGCUGACGCCUGGCGGUGGCAGCACGCCUGACGGGAGUCAUGUAUCGAUGGAUGAUGCGCUGCGCCAGUUUUCCGUAGCGUCGAGCGAGGCGCGUCUCGCGUUCCUCGAGGCGCUCCUGCCGCAGUGCAGCGUGCGCGAGCUGUCGCACCUCGAGGCGCUCAUUACGCCCCAGCUCAAGGUCGACUUUUUGCAGCGUUUCCCGAUGGAAGUCGCGCUGCAGGUGCUGAGCUAUAUGGACGAGCCGCUCGCGCUGACGCGCGCGGCGGCGGUGAGCAAGACGUGGUACCGCCUCGCGAACGACGAGCACAUUUGGGGCACUAUGUGCGUGCGCCACGCAUACAAUACCCAGGCGAAGCUGCGCUGGAUGCUUUCUUCGCUGCUCCCCUUGCCGAGCGCGCGCCCCGAGCCGAUGGCCGAAGAGCCGCCCCGCCUCGCGCGGCGGCGCUCAUUUUUCCAGCUGCUCACGCCCAGCGAAGGCGAAGGGACGUACGCGAACGAGUGCAUUUCCUUAAAAGAGUACUUCCAGCUCGCCUACCUUACCGAGCGCAACUGGCUGCACUCCGGACAUAUGUUAACGCAGUACGCGUCGACGGAUCUGGCCGACGCCGAUCCCGACCCCAACCGCCGCCUCGCACUGACGUGUUGCGCAAUGGACGCCAACUACAUUGUGGUCGGUAUGACGACGCGCACCGUGUACGUCUUUUCGGCACGCACCGGCGAGCUGAUCCGCACGCUCAACGGCCACGAAAGCGGCGUGUGGUGCCUGAUGCUCGUGUCCGGCAGCCAGACGACCCCCCCAGCGCUGCCUGGCAUCAAAGCCGCGGACGGGAUGCUGCGUGCCUUUUGCGACCCCACGCCGAGCGCGCAACUUUCCUUGUCGAACGACGCGCACCACGGCCUGUCGCUUCUCGACGCCGCCGAGGCCGCGCACCUCAGCACGAGCGGGCGCGACGCGGCGAUCGGGCGCACGCGCGGCUGGGGCCUGACCGAUACGCGCCUCGUCAGCGCGGGCUCCGACCGUUUCCUGCGCGUGUGGAACAUGGCGAGCGGCGAGUGCGAGCACGUGUUGCGGGGGCACACGUCGACCAUCCGCUGUGUGCAGGUCCUCGAAGGGCGCCCCGUCGCGGUGACAGGCUCGCGCGACGGCACGCUGCGUGUGUGGGACAUUGAGCAAGGCCACCUGAUGCAUGUGCUGGCCGGCCACCAGCACUCGGUGCGGUGCCUCGACACGGCUGGCAACCGCGUCGCGAGCGGGAGCUACGACUUUACGUGUCGCAUCUGGGACGUGGACACUGGCAAAUGUCUGCACGUCCUCAAAGGGCACCACCUCCAGAUCUAUGCGAUUGCCUUUGACGGGCGGUACGUCGUCGCGGGCAGCAGCGACUCGACGGUGCGUGUGUGGGACGCCGAGAGUGGCGUGUGCCUCGCCGUGUUCCAGGGCUACACGCACGUCGUCGCGCAACUCCAGCUGCACAACGACGUGCUUGCGUCUGGCAGCGGCGAUGGCCGCGUGAUUGUCUUUUCGCUCAAGACGUUCGAGUGUCUGUACCGGCUGUGUGCGCACGACAGCAGCGUAUCGACGCUGCAGAUCAACGACAAGUUCCUCGUAACCGGUGGUGCAGACGGCCUCGUGAAGCUAUGGGAUGCCAAGACCGGCCGCUACCUCCGCCAGCUCUGCGAGCCGUGUGAAACGGUAUGUGUGUGA